GUGUUUUCCCAAGACUACUAACCUUCUCUCCUAUUCUCCAUUCCACAGGACAUGGCUGGGCCUCUCCUCUCUGCCCGCUUGUUUGUACUGGUGGAGCACUUGUGUCUGCUACAUCAUAUCCAUGCAGGUGCAUUUUAUGGACACAAGCCACUGCCUCAACAGCACCAGCCUCUGCCUCAGUUACCUCUCCUGUCACAUGGCAAUGAAGGGAUACCCCAACACCAUUACCAUGGAAAGGAAAUGCCACACAUGCCAUAUGGAAAUGAGAUGCCUUUGCUUCCUCAGUAUGGAAAAGAGCGUCCACAGAUACCCAUGCACAUGGGUAAACCCAUUGUAGGAAAAGGUGAAACUAUUCCAAGAGGAGAGAAAGGUCCACCUGGUGAGACUGGUCUAAAGGGGCCUCCAGGGCCCCAGGGACCUCCCGGACUUCCUGGUCAUGUCAUCCCAGGACCUUCAGGCAAACCUGGUCCACAAGGUCCACCAGGACUCCCUGGAAUUGGAAAGCCAGGAAUGCCAGGUUUGCCAGGAAAACCUGGAGGUAUUGGUUUACCAGGACCAAAGGGUGAGUUGGGGCCAUUUGGCGGUAAAGGGCCGAUAGGAAUGCCAGGACCUCCAGGUCUUCCAGGGCCACAUGGUCUACCAGGUGUGGCGAAACCAGGUGGACAAGGACUUCCAGGACAACCUGGUCCUCGUGGAGAACCUGGACAAAAGGGAUUCCCUGGGAUCCCUGGUCUCCUAGGGCCAAAGGGUGAGAAUGGGAUUGGUCUCCCAGGACUGCCAGGUAUAAAGGGACCUUUUGGACUUCCAGGACCACCAGGACAAGUAGGACUACCGGGAGUUGGCAAGCCAGGACUGAAUGGACUACCUGGGGCUCCUGGAGGCCAAGGUAAACCUGGUGCACCUGGAGAACCAGGAUUGGCUGGAGUCCCAGGGGAGAGAGGACAAAUAGGACCACCGGGACUACCAGGCUUUGGCAAACCUGGUUUGGAUGGCUUACCAGGGAAACCAGGUCUCCCAGGUGGAAGGGGCGAACCAGGUCUUUCUGGUUUACCUGGGGGCCCAGGCUUGCCUGGGUUUGGCAAGCCUGGAUAUCCUGGCCCUAAAGGUGAUAAGGGGCAUGGUGGUUUGCCUGGCCCUCAAGGCCCUAAAGGUGAAAAGGGUCAUGGUGGCCUUAAUGGAAUGAUUGGACCGCCAGGGCCAAGUGGCCUCCAAGGUCCUCCAGGUCUCAUGGGACCCCCUGGAGGCAUUGGUUUCCCUGGUCUAAAAGGAGAGGGCGGUGCAGUAGGACCUAAGGGACAACUGGGUCCAAAAGGUGAACCAGGGCCCCUAGGACAUCCAGGCAAGCCAGGAUUCCCAGGAGAAUUAGGGCAACUAGGACCGAGAGGCUUACCUGGUUCCCUAGGACCUAAAGGUGAAAAUGGACACAAAGGCCUACCUGGCCUACCUGGAGCCCCUGGAAAGCCUGGUGUAAAAGGAGAAGGUGGAUUUCCAGGAGAGAAAGGUCAUCCAGGGCCUAUGGGAAUCCCAGGAUUAAUGGGUCCAACAGGACCAAUAGGCCCACCUGGUCUACCAGGCCCAAAAGGGCAAUAUGGACCACCAGGAAAACCUGGAAUGCCAGGUGAGGGAAAACCAGGGCUUCCAGGCCCAAUAGGUCCUGCUGGUAUACCUGGAAUGGGUGGGCCCCCAGGUCAACCUGGAAGACCUGGUCCUCCUGGUCCACCUGGCCUACCUGGACCUCCUGCUCAAGCUCCGUUUAUCGGGCAAAUCCUUCCUGAGAGUGGUCCUGGGCUAGAUGGGGCAAAAGGUGGUUACAAGAAAGAAAAGCCUGGAGGAGCCAUUAUUGGUAGGAAUGGCCUAGAGAUGCCAGCAUUUACAGCUCUGCUGACAACCCCAUUUCCUCCAGUUGGGCAACCUGUUGUUUUCAACAAGAUUCUGCAUAAUGGCAACCAGAAUUACAACUCUCAAACUGGCAUCUUCACUUGCAAAAUACCUGGAAUUUACUACUUUGUCUACCAUGUUAAUUGCAAAGGAAACAAUGUAUGGGUGGCCUUAUACAGGAACAAUGAGCCAGUAAUGUAUACAUAUGAUGAAUACAAAAAAAGUUACAUGGAUCAGGCAUCAGGGAGUGCAGUGCUGCCCUUACAAUUUGGAGACACUGUUCAUGUUAAGUUACCAUCAGACCAAGCUGCAGGACUUUAUGCUGGUCCAUAUGUCCACUCAUCAUUCUCUGGGUAUUUGUUAUAUCCCAUGUGAAUAUGUGAGAAAAAAAAAUCACCCAUAUAAAAUCAAUGCUACAUUUUUCUUAAGUAAAUUGUGCAUGUGCCACCAGUACAAAGCCACUUUUUAUAUCUGAAAAAAUGUAAGAAAUUGAUAAUUAAGUCAUAGAGAUUCAGUCAGGUAUGUUUUAUAGCAUAUUGUGCUACAGUGGCAAUGGAACUUCAUUUAUAAUAUACAAGAAAAUGUUAAAUACAUGUUUUAAGCAUACACAUAAUUACAUAAUAUAAACAGUCUUUCAACAUCUUAAGGUAUUCAUUCAUCCAUACGGUUAGCACUUUGUUAGAACUUUUGUCACAUUAUUUAUUUGCAUAUUUCCUAUUGUUUGACAGUAUAUUGAUUGUAUAUAGAUGGGGUCACAUUGACUACACAUCAGUGUAAAAUGAUAUUGGGACUGUCAUAAUGAAGAAUUUUCAGAUUGUUGGAUAUGCACUAUUUUUCUGCUGUCUUAGUAGUUUCUCAUUGUGCCAUCUCAAUUAACUUCAAGAGAGUAUGUGAGCACAUAAGGGUUUAAGUUGUUAAGAUUUUGCUUUUCAAUGAUCUCAUUAACUAACACCAUCAGUAAAAUACAUGAAAUGUCAUGAACCCUUACAUUUAGGUUAUUUUACACCCUAUUGAUUUGAGUAUAUCAGAUCAUUGUUUAUCAAAAUAAAACUCAAGGGUAUUGCUUGUUAAUGAGCACAGUAUAUCAAUAUUUAAAAGUCGAUAAGGCCAGAGUUGGGUUAGUUACUCUAACAAAGUAAUUAAUUAGCCUGUUAAUUAUAUCUUCAACAGUGUAAUUAGAUUACUAUGCUAAUUACUCUCUCUAAAAAAUAUUGCAUUACUUGUUACUAAAUACUUUCUAAAUCCCAUACAGUAACAACAUUGACCAGUUGAACAAUGCAAGGAUAGACGAAGCUGCUCUUUUAAUUCUUUAAAAUAAAUAACAUAACAUUGCAUAAACGAUUCUUGAACUGAACAUAGUAUUUAAAAGGAGAAGGUUACAUAAAAAAACAUACAUUUUAACGUUAGAUGUUAAAUUUUGAUGUUAAAUCCACUAUUGUUUUAUAAAGAAUUGUUCUAUACUCUAUACAGUAUUACAUCAGAAGUAACUCUAAUUAAAUUUUUUUUAAAGAGUAAAUUAAAAAGUAAUCCCUUACUGUACUUUUUCAAGGGAAAAGUAAUUAAAUUGCAGUAAUGAAUUACUUCGUAAUGAAUUACACCCAACACUGGAUACGGCCACAUAAACAGAAACAGUCUUAGGAACCUCUCUGUAAUUUAUUUUUAGUUUUACUACUGAAUGACUCAAUUUGUAUAUGUGCAAAGAGAUGGUGUGCGGCACAAAAAAGAAUUUAUUAUUUGUUUUUAAUUUUUGACAACGGUGCUGAACGGUUAAACAAACAUGGAGUAAAGAUUUAAUGUCAUUGUCGUUGUUUUUUUUACAAAAUGAAUUAAUGGAAAUUUUGUGAAUUUGUAAUUAGGGAAUUCCACAAAAAAUAAAGAAUCCCUGUUUCCAAUCUUGA